AUGGGAAAUAAAUAGAUUAUGCAAAUGUAGGAGGAUUAGAUUCGGAAACUCCAAAAAGAUAAAAAGCUUACUAAAAAAUAGCUCGAAACAAUACAAUAGCGACUCCAGUUCAGAUAAGAUUAAAAAAUAACGAAAUCCAGUUCAUAACAGCGCACGCAAAUCACCUCUUAAAUGACGUUUGACGACAGUUCUAAAUUAAAGUCUGUAUAGAAAUCAAGAAAUGUGACUCCAUCUACAGGUAUGUAAUCUCCUUCUAAUAUAAAUAACUUCGAUAUAACUAGUCUCUCUAAGACCUUUGAAUUGCCAGAAGUUAAUAUGGAGAACAAGAAAAAUAAUCAUAGUAAAAAUUCAUCAAUUAUAUCAUAGGAAUAAUCAAAUUCUUCGACUACUAAAAAAUAGGAUAUUUCAAAUUAAUCUCUCAGCGAUGCACGAUUUAAAAAUAGACUUAAAACAACAGCUGGUCCUGGAGCCUUUUAUUCGAAAUCUAGGCAACAUAACGCACCUACUAUAACUGUUGAUAAUUUUGGAUUUGAAGAUGACAUGUAAAAUCACUUUGAUCAACUUCUUGAAGGUCGAGAUGGUGAUCCGAACAGCAGAUAGUAGAAAUUUUUAGAAAUGUACUAUAGAAAAGGUUCUACACCUAAUUAUCAAAAUAGCUUUCAAAGAAGAAAAAGCCGUAAAUUGAGCGAUGAUGAAAAGCCAAAGUAGGAUCUGACUUAAUCAUUGGAUGUUAAAUCUCAAGAAUAAUAGUCUAUUCACCACACUCCAACAAGAAACAGAAAUAAGUUUGCUAAAAGAAUGGAAAAAUAUAUGUAACCAUCUACAUCUCCCUCAAAUCAUACUUCGAGUGGUUAAGAUGAGUCAUCUAGUUCUAGAUCGUCUAAACUUAAUUCUGCUCGAAAUAAAUCUAAUCUUCUUAUAAAUGAUGGCAGCAGCUUCGAUGUCGAUGGACUAGAUUUAUCUCACAUCCCAGCUAUGUCUCAUGAUGGUAUGGGGGAAUGUAAUAAUUUUGAGAAUAAUUACAAUCAUACAACAGAAACGGAAGAAGAAUAUGCUGUUAUUGAUAGAGGAGACGACUAUAAACUUUCUAUAAUGAGAAAGAAAAGAGCUCUUCCUCAAUAAAAUGAGAAUGAUGGAGAAUUGCCUUAAGGAUCCCCGGACUUUGUUUAAUUCCCAAGAUUCAGACAAGAGUUUCCAACUAUAACAGAAGAUCAGAAAGAGGACGAAGAAGAUCAAGGUGAAAUUAAACCAAGAGGAGGUGGAGACACUAUGAUGGUUAGAUAUAAAUAUAUGCAAAAACUGUCUUAAGCCCGAAUGAUGGACCCAUCUGGCUAGAACAGACCAAAAUCUCACUAAACUAUUAUUAUUUGGGAUUGGGAUGAUACUCUCAUGUCAAGUACUUUCUUAUCACCAUAUUAACCUCAUAUUCUCAGUACUUCAGUAAGAAAGAAGUUGCCAAAAAUAGUAAGGGAUUAAUUAGAUCAUUUACAAGAACUAAUUAUCAAGCUAAUGUAAAAGAGUGUGAAACAAGGGGCUACCUAUAUCAUUACCAAUGCUGGUCAUGGUUGGGUUGAACUCAAUGGGUUUAAAGAGUGGAAAUUCAGAACAUUUUCAGCAUUAGCUGAGAAGAUGGAUAAAGAUAUCAUCACCAAUAUAGUAGCAGUCGGUGAUUCUUAGAUAGAAAUAGAUGCGGCUGUGAAAUCCUAUGUGAAGACCGUAAAACUAAAAGAGCAACCGAAUCUUGUUGAAUUAACAAAGCAAGUAGAGCUUAUAUUAAGUUAGUUCGAAGAAAUAUGCAGUUGUGCAAAGAACCUAACUAUAAGACUGCAGAAAGUAUAAGAUGAGGAUCAAAGUAAAUAAUAAUGA